AUGUGUGUGUCCUGAAAUGAUGACAAUAAUAUCUGCUCGCCCGGCUAGGAAAAAGUUCCAUCAGGAAAUGGAGACGGAUUAACCAUAAUUCACCCUUGUCAAAUUAUUGACUGACUGAGGAUAUUGGAUUCAAGGCUAGUACUAAUUAAGGAGUUAUUGAAGGAAUUAUGGCAAAACGACUCUAUUCACUAGUUCACUGCCAUGGCGUGAGUUCAAGGACGCAUCCUCAUCCUCAACACGUCUGGUCAACCUGGAAAUGCUAUCCUUCACGACUUUUCAGCAUGAAUCAUUUAUCGCUCAGUAGUGCUCAAAUUUCGCAAUGGUCGAGAUGUCCUACAAGAUUGCGAAAACUUUCUACCGUAGCAAAACUAAAGGUGCCAGCGUCAACAAGAUUUGCGUCACCUGAAAAUUCAGACAUGGAACCGGAAGGAGACACGCCUUAUGUCGUUUACGACGGAGCACUUAAACGUCAGCUGAAGCACAUCAAGAUAUUCUCUUUGGCCACAUCCAUGGGUGGCUUACCACUGCAGCCAAUCAUUUUUAAUAGUUCUGGUGAACAUGGAAUGGCAGCAACAAUUGCGAUGCUCAGCAUGGUCGGUUUCUUCACCUAUUGCACACCCAUUCUCAUUCACCAGUUGGCCAAGAAGUAUGUCACAGAAAUUUCCUAUGACCCAAGGACUCGGUUGUACACGGCGAUAACGUAUUCAUUCUUUCUUAGGAAAAAGGAGCUAAUAUUUCACAAAGAAGACGUCGUCGUUCCCGACGUUCCUGGACCUUUUACAUCCGUUCUGGUGAAAACGAAGGAGAAUCCAACAAAAUUAAUCCCACUGUUCUUCGCAAUGGAGUCAUUUAUUCACCCGAAUCACUAUGGGUUGAUUAUGGGGUAUGACAAACCCUUGGACUUGCACAUCAGACCUGAAGACAUUGCUGCUGCAGUGGAUAGGAAAGCUUUCGAGAAAAGUACAAGUAAUAAAAAGCCACCCAACUCUCCACCACCACGACCAGUGUGACCCAAUUAAUUAACCUAUAAAUACUGAUCCGUGUGUGCAAGCAAAGGUUAUCAAUAGUUUUGGGAUCUAGUCAUUAAGAUUUGUCCUCAGCAGAGUUGUUUAAUGUUUAUUAAAAAAACUGUUCACGUUCAA